UGUUUUGCUGCCUAUACUAUAGUACCUACAUGUGCUCUGGGGCUAUAUACUAGUGUACAUCACUAAUUAUGCUUAUCAUUAUUAUUAUUAUCAUCAUCAUUAUCAUCAUCAUUUAUGGACGCUGCUUUCUUGUUCAACCGUAAGCUUAGGUGGUGGUGCCAGUGAUGCCACUUCGGACACAGCUCCGCUCGGCGUUGUCUUACAUAUUUCUAUUUCAUGUACUUACUUGCGUGUCGAGUGGCAAAAUACCAACUCAUGACUUUGAUAAUAUAACCAACAAACUUGGUGUUACACAGGUGAAGUCGAAGCCAACGAGAGUGCAGAGUAAGCCAGUGAAGGGUAAGCCAACGAAAAUGAAGGGUAAGCCGCCUCGCCUUUCUUCGCAUAAAGCCCGUUCGUCUACCCUUCAACAUUCUUUCCUCAAUCCACAAUCUUCCAAGCAAUCCAAGUCUGCUUCCCAUCAACUGAAUCUUCGAACCAAGCCUUUAACUCCGUUCCUUCGAACUAGCGCACCCUAAAACGUCCCUCGCUUUGUCCAGGUCUCCGCGUCUACUGCACAGCUUCGUCUCGCGCCCAAACCCCCACAAAAUAUUCACUCUACGAGCCCU